AUGCCUCUUACCUUUACAAAAUGGCCCUCAUUGGGAAGAUUUCUGUCAGAUAAAAGUUCUCCUUCAUAUUUAAUUGGUUUUGCUGUGAACAGUCCUAAAGAAAAUUGUAGUGACAGUAGUGAUAAUGAUAAUAUGCAAGAAACAAAUAAAAAUAAUGAAGACUAUGAAGAAAAUCGACCUAGCUGA